AUGGAGGGUGGAGGUAGUUUUAGGAGUGGUAGUUCAUCAAUUUGGAGGAACAAUGAUGCUGAUGAGAUUUUUUCAAAUUCUUUCCACCAAGAAGAUGACGAAGAAGCUCUCAAAUGGGCUGCAAUUCAGAAACUUCCUACUUUUGCACGUAUGAGGAGAGGUUUGCUUAAUUCACUUCAAGGGGAAGCCAUUGAGAUAGAUGUUAAGAAACUUGGGUUGCAAGAAAGAAAAGAUUUGCUUGAAAGACUUGUUAAACUUGAUGAAAAUGACAAUGAGAAGUUUUUGCUCAAACUCAAGGAUCGAAUCGACAGAGUUGGAAUUGAUCUUCCUACGAUAGAAGUUCGAUUCAAUCACUUGAAUAUCGAAGCGGAAGCUCAUGUAGGAAGCAGAUCUUUGCCUACCUUCUCUAACUUCAUGAUUAAUAUAGUUGAGGUAUUAUUGAACUCUCUUCAUGUACUACCUAGUAGAAAACAACAUCUAAGUAUUCUUAAGGAUAUUAGUGGAAUAAUAAAGCCGUCAAGAUUGACAUUGCUUUUAGGCCCUCCAAGUUCUGGAAAAACCACACUCUUGUUGGCGUUGGCUGGAAAACUUGAUCCAAAUUUGAAGUUUUCUGGAAAGGUGACUUAUAAUGGUCAUGAGAUGAAUGAGUUUGUGCCCCAAAGAACUUCUGCUUAUGUGGAUCAAAAUGAUCUUCACGUUGGAGAAAUGACUGUUAGAGAAACCUUGGCCUUCUCAGCAAGAGUCCAAGGAGUUGGGCCGCGUUAUGACUUGCUAGCAGAGUUAUCCAGAAAAGAAAAACAUGCAAAUAUCAAGCCUGAUCCAGAUAUUGAUGUUUACAUGAAGGCUGUAGCAACUGAAGGCCAGAAGGAAAAUUUGGUAACAGAUUAUGUCCUGAGGAUUUUGGGACUAGAGAUAUGUGCUGAUACUUUUGUAGGAAAUGCAAUGUUAAGAGGUAUCUCUGGUGGACAAAGGAAACGCGUUACAACAGGGGAAAUGUUGGUUGGACCGAAUAAAGCUCUAUUCAUGGAUGAAAUAUCUACUGGUUUGGAUAGCUCAACAACUUUUCAAAUUGUGAACUCAAUGAAGCAAUAUGUCCACAUUCUCAAAGGAACCGCGGUUAUCUCACUCUUGCAGCCACCACCAGAGACUUACAAUCUUUUCGACGACAUUAUUCUAAUCUCUGAUAGUCACAUUAUAUACCAGGGUCCCCUGGAUCACGUACUUGAAUUUUUCGAGUCUUUAGGUUUUAAGUGUCCUAGUAGGAAAGGAGUGGCAGAUUUUUUGCAAGAAGUGACAUCAAAGAAAGAUCAAGAGCAGUACUGGGAACACAAAGAUCAGCCAUAUAGAUUUGUCACAUCUGAAGAGUUUUCUGAGGCAUUUAAAUCAUUUCAUGUUGGUAUUAGGCUUGGUGAUGAACUUGAUAUUGAAUUUGACAAGUCUAAGAACCACCCAGCUGCUUUGACAACCAAAAAAUAUGGAGUGGGAAAAUUGGAACUGUUAAAAGCUUGCUUAUCAAAAGAAUAUUUACUUAUGAAACGCAAUUCAUUCGUCUACAUCUUCAAGCUUUGUCAAUUAUUUAUAAUGGCAAUGAUUGCGAUGACCAUCUUUCUCCGGACUGAGAUGCACAGAGAUUCAGUGGCUCAUGGAGGCAUAUAUGUCGGUGCAUUGUUCUACGCUGUUGUUGUGAUCAUGUUCAAUGGAAUGGCUGAAAUUUCCAUGGUAGUUUCAAGGCUCCCUGUUUUCUUCAAGCAAAGGGGAUACCUCUUUUUCCCUCCAUGGGCAUAUGCUCUUCCAGGAUGGAUCCUAAAAAUUCCCUUAACUUUUGUAGAAGUGGCUGUUUGGGUAUUCCUCACCUACUAUGUCAUUGGUUUUGAUCCAAAUAUCGAAAGAUUUUUUAGGCAAUACCUUGUUCUUGUACUAGUACACCAGAUGGCUUCUGGGUUAUUCAGAUUUGUUGCGGCAGUUGGGAGGGAUAUGACAGUGGCUCUAACAUUUGGAUCAUUUACACUUGCCAUCCUUUUUUCUAUGAGUGGUUUUGUCCUAUCAAAAGACGGUAUAAAGAAAGGGUGGAUAUGGGGAUUUUGGAUAUCACCUAUGAUGUAUGGACAAAAUGCAAUUGUAAAUAAUGAGUUCCUUGGGGAUAACUGGAAACAUGUGCUUCCUAACUCAACGGAGCCUCUGGGAAUUGAAGUUUUGAAAUCUCGCGGAUUCUUUACUGAAUCAUACUGGUACUGGAUAGGUGUUGGUGCUUUGAUUGGAUAUACAUUGCUUUUCAACAUUGGAUAUAUCCUUGCUCUCACUUUCUUGAAACCAUUUGGGAAGCAUCAAACUGUUAUACCAGAGGAAUCUCAAAGCAGAAAAAGAAGUAAUGUAUUGAAGUACAUAAAGGAUAUUUUUUCAGAGCACUCAAUGAAAGUGAUAAAUGGAAGCACCUCUCCUAGUACUUUAUCCAGUAGACAAGAAACAGUUGCCGAGACAAAUCGUAGUAGGAAAAGAGGAAUGGUUCUUCCUUUUGAACCACAUUCAAUCACCUUCGAUGAAGUAACAUAUUCAGUAGACAUGCCACAGGAAAUACGAAACCGAGGUGUUGUUGAGGAUAAGUUGGUUCUUUUGAAAGGUGUAAGUGGAGCUUUCAGACCAGGUGUUCUCACUGCUCUGAUGGGUGUGACUGGUGCUGGUAAAACAACUCUGAUGGAUGUGCUCGCUGGUAGAAAAACUGGUGGAUAUAUAAGCGGGGACAUCAGAAUUUCAGGAUAUCCUAAGAAGCAAGAAACCUUUGCAAGAAUUUCUGGAUACUGUGAGCAAAAUGAUAUCCACUCUCCUCAUGUUACUGUCCAUGAGUCUUUGCUCUAUUCAGCGUGGCUCAGAUUGUCACCUGGGAUCAAUGCUGAAACCAGAAAGAUGUUUAUUGAGGAAGUUAUGGAACUUGUGGAACUGAAACAGCUGCGGAACGCAUUAGUAGGACUUCCUGGUGUAAGUGGUCUCUCAACGGAGCAGCGCAAAAGGUUGACUAUUGCGGUUGAGUUGGUAGCUAAUCCUUCUAUAAUAUUCAUGGAUGAGCCAACAUCUGGGUUAGAUGCAAGGGCUGCAGCUAUUGUUAUGAGAACAGUUAGGAACACAGUAGACACCGGAAGAACAGUUGUUUGUACCAUCCACCAACCUAGCAUUGAUAUAUUUGAAUCUUUUGAUGAGCUUUUGCUACUAAAGCAAGGAGGGAAAGAGAUAUAUGUGGGGCCACUUGGACAUCAUUCUUCCAAUUUAAUCAGUUACUUUGAGGGAAACCAAGGUGUUAACAAGAUUAAAGACGGUUAUAAUCCGGCAACAUGGAUGUUGGAAAUCACAUCUUCAUCUAAAGAAGUGGAAUUGGGGAUUGACUUUGCAGAUUUGUACAAAAACUCAGAAUUAUACAGGAGAAACAAAACACUUAUCGAAGAAUUGAGUACUGCAGCUCCUGGUUCGUCAGAUCUUUAUUUUCGUUCACAGUACUCAAGAUCCUUUGUUACACAAUGCAUGGCUUGCUUAUGGAAACAACAUUGGUCUUAUUGGCGCAAUCCUAUAUACACUGCUAUAAGAUUUCUCUAUUCAACCAUGGUAGCUGUUUUGCUUGGAACCAUGUUUUGGAAUCUUGGCUCCAAAAUAGAAAAGGUUCAAGAUCUUUUUAAUGCCAUGGGGUCCAUGUACGCUGCUGUCCUCCUCAUUGGCGUCAAGAAUGCUAGUUCAGUGCAGCCAGUGGUUGGUGUUGAAAGAACGGUGUUUUAUAGAGAAAGAGCUGCCGGAAUGUAUUCAGCUUUUCCAUAUGCUUUUGCUCAGGUUGUAAUUGAGCUUCCAUAUGUUUUUGUACAAGCUUUGGUUUAUGGAUUAAUAGUUUAUGCUAUGAUUGGUUUUGAGUGGUCUGUGGCUAAAGUUUUGUGGUACCUAUUCUUUAUGUAUUUUACCUUCCUCUACUUCACCUUCUAUGGUAUGAUGUCAGUGGCCGUGACCCCAAACAGCCACAUUUCAAAUAUAGUUUCCUCCGCCUUCUUUUCAAUUUGGAAUCUCUUCUCAGGAUUCAUAGUCCCAAGACCAAAAAUUCCAGUAUGGUGGAGAUGGUAUAGCUGGGCGAAUCCCGUGGCUUGGAGUUUGUAUGGAUUGGUGGUAUCACAAUAUGGAAAUGUAAAACAUAACAUUGAAUCGAGUGAUGGAGGAGUAACAACAGUGGAAGAGUUUUUGAGAGAUUACUUUGGUUUCAAGCAUGAUUUUCUAGGAGUUGUUGCUGUUGUUAAUGUUGCAUUUCCAAUAGUUUUUGCUUUCAUCUUUGCCAUAUCAAUCAAGAUGUUUAAUUUCCAAAAGCGCUAA